AUGCCAGGAGCUGAUGCUCCUGGCAAAUUUGCUAGGAGUAAUGCCAGGGAAACCCCUGGCAAAUUGCAAUUACAAACUGAACCAUUUGCCAGGAGCAAAGCCCUGGCAAAUUGCAGUAACCCCUGGCAAAUUUUCGGCGGGAAAGUUUCAUUCAAAUUUGAGCCCCUAAAGUCAAGGGAAUCUCUGCAUCAUGCAGAAAAUUCUGAAAAGCUGACAUGCCAGGGGCUCAACCCCUGGCAAAUUGCUGACAACUUUUUGAGUGUUGGAGACCGAGCUGUGCGAGGGGUAGCUCCUGGCAUGGCUCCUGCAAUGUUUAUUGCCUCUUGUUGUUCCCUUGCCAUCCUUGUUGCUGUUUGGAGCUGUUCUAUCAUCAAGCUUCAACAAUUGAACGUGACAAAGAUGGAGUAUUAUCAGCAUUAUCGUAGUUGGAUGUAUGACAUAACAUUUCCGGGAAGAAGAGGAUUAAAACCCCAUUUUGUGGAAGGAGUUCGCGCAUUUAUUUCAUGGGCAUGGGAACAACAAGUUCGUCAAAAUGAGGGAGGGAUAAGAUGUCCGUGUCUUAAAUGUGCGUGUAGAUAUAUAAAGACUGACCCCAAUGAAGUGAAGAAACACUUGGAAAAAGUUGGAUUUAUGCCUGAUUAUUGGGUUUGGAUUUAUAACGGUGAACAGUUUCAAAAUUUUGGGGCGGGAGUCAAUGUACAAGCUUCAAGUAGUGGAAUAAAUGUGGAUGAUAAUGAGCAAUUCAACAUGAUUAAUGAUAUGGUCGCUGAUGCUUUAGGUGUGGAAUUGUCUUACGAUGAUGAUGUUGAAGAUGAACAAGAUGAAGAACCCCCAAAUGACAAACUUUUAGCUCAUAAGGCAAAUUAUGGUGUUGCUGAUAAAGGUGUGGAUCAAAUUACGGAGAUGUUGUUGGAUGUGACUCCUUUUAAAGAUAAUUUUCCAGCAACUUAUUAUGACGCUAAGAGGUUGGUCAUGAAGUUGGGAUUAAAAGUUGAUAAGAUUGAUUGUUGCAUAAGCGGUUGCAUGUUGUUUUAUGACAAUGAAUUUGGAAAAAAUGACGGAGCACUGGUGGAAUGCAAAUUUUGUCAAAGUCCACAGUAUCGUCUAACCAAGAGUGGGAGGAUUCCGAAUAAGACAAUGUUUUACUUGCCAAUAAUACCAAGAUUACAAAGAUUGUUUGCAUCGAUGAAAACUGCUAGCCAUAUGACGUGGCAUCAUUCAAACAAAAUUCUUGGAGUCAUGCGACAUCCAUCCGAUGGUGAAGCUUGGAAACACUUUGAUGAAGUAUAUCCUGAUUUUGCAGCAGAUCCGCGUAAUGUAAGACUUGGAUUGUGCUCUGAUGGUUUCACUCCACAUAUCCAGGCAUCAGGGAAACCCUAUUCUUGUUGGCCGAUCAUUGUAACCCCCUACAAUCUCCCUCCUGAGAUGUGCAUGACAAAGCCGUACAUGUAUUUGGCGUGUGUUGUUCCAGGGCCAGAUAACCCUAAAGCAGGCAUAGAUGUGUUUCUAGAACCUUUAAUUGAUGAUUUGAGGAGCGUAUGGCAUUUGUCUGGUUGGAGCACUCAUGGGAAAAUGGCUUGUCCACAUUGUAUGGAAAAUAGGAAGGCGUUUACUUUGGAAGAUGGAGAGAAAAGUUCGUGGUUUGAUCAUCGUUGUUUCUUGCCUCGUGAUCACCCGUUUAGAAAAAGUAAGAAUGGCUUCCUGAAGGAUCAGAGAGUAGUAGUUGACCUGCCCCCUAAAAUCACAUCAGAAGAGGUGUGCACAAGAGUUAGUGAUUAUCCUAAAGUCACUGAUUUUGGCACAACUGUCCCAAUACCAGGAUACGGAGUUGACCACCACUACACAAAAAAGAGUAUAUUUUGGGACCUCCCUAUUGGAAAGAUAACUUGCUCAGACAUAAUCUUGAUGUAA